CUCACUCUCUGUCUCUCUCUGGAUUUGGUGAGUUCGAUCGAGCCCUAGGCGAUCGAGCUGCAUUGUGAUCCGAAGGAGUCUUUUAGUUGCACGUUUCUGUAAGUAUCGUUGCCCCAUCACGCCUUGGAGCCUCGUCAGCGGCAGUCUCCUCCGCCCUCGCUUGCUCGCCAAGCGCUAGAUCCGGAGUUUGGUGAAGGCGACGGUUGAGCUGCGUGCCCUUUUUGUUUGCCCCUACGCACGCGCACUCUCUUCUUCGUCCUUGCUUUGUUUAUGCCAGUGUAUUCUCUGAGCUUAGGUUGAUGGUUGGAACAAAUCUCAAGCGGCUGGGACUUUUCCAGGAAAAGGAUCGAGUUUUUUCCAGUUGACUGAUUUCUUUGACUAUUCUAGGGGUGCAGUUCAUGGUCUUGUACGAAUUGAUUCAAGGGAGCAAUUAGGAAGAAGAAGAAAGGCAUUUUUUUUAUUCACCUGAUAUUUAGUGAUUCAGGAAAAUGUCGCGGAUUCCUAAAUGGAAGAUUGAAAAGAGAAAAGUGAAAGUCGUCUUCCGCCUACAGUUACAUGCAACACAUUUACUCUCUGCCUUUCCCUAGGGUUUUUUUUUCUCUUUAUUGUUUCUUUCAAUGAAUUUACUAGCUGGUCAAAUGAAACUUUAUUUAUUUGAAUCUUUUGUAUAUGCUUAUUUUAAUUUGAUGAUACUUUAUCUUUAUCCUGUUUUGCAUUCCAUUUUCUUUUGUUGAUUCCUUGCUUAAAGAGAUUUGCUUCCUAAAGUUUAUAUGGCAAUGCCCUUCACAACAUUGCAGACUAUGGUGAUAUACUAUAAAAAAUUAUUAGUUUUCCAUAAGUGAUAGCAUAGUUCUUGUUGGUUUCUUCAGCUUGUGUUUGUUUCUAUAUUCAUGUUGGAGCUUAUCAGACAUUGCAAUGAUAUAUAAUUGCACAAUAUUAAAUUAAAAUCUCUCUUUGACUGUCUUUUGCUCAACUGUCUCUCUAUCGCCUCUAAAGGAAUUUGUUGCCGUAUGAUAAAGUCCAAAGGAGAAUCAAUAUAACAGCAAAAACUAGUUAUGGUUUUGUACAUUGUUUUCAAUAUAUCUAGAUUUCUAGGGAAAUUGUGGUCAAUUUAGUUGCAAUAUUUCAUUUCCUCUUUAUCUGGUAAAAUGCCUAUAAGUUAUUAUUUGCAGUUUCAUUAAAUUCUCAUAUUAUGGAAUAUUGUUCAACUCAUGAUCUGCAGCUGUUUUCCAUGUUUAGUUUGAUGUCAGUUGUAGAGUAUCUAAUGAUUGAAGCAAGUGCAUUUUAAGACUAACAAGUUACUUAUACUCCAGUUAACCUGAUAUUAGUGCUGAUACUGGCAGCAAUAUACUUGCUCUGGACAAUUAUAUUACACCUGUUGCAAGUAAUAAUGAGCAUGUUUAGGUGACAUAAGAGAGAUUUUCUUUUUUAGAAACUUAAGAUCUUAGAGAAUUAUCUCUGCUUGUUUCAGAUUCCACAACAAGGGUGGGACAAGUUGUUUAUAUCUCUUAUCCCCAGGGUGGGACAAGUUGUUUAUAUCUCUUAUCCCCAUCGGUGUGGGCAAAACAACUGUGAAAACAAAUAAAGUAAAUGUCAGAAAUGGGAGCUGCAAGUGGCCAGAUCCGAUCUAUGAAACUACAAGACUUCUCCAGGAUGCCAAGACUAAAACAUAUGAUGAGAAAGUGUACAAGCUUCUGGUGGCUACCGUAUUUAGUUCUUUUUUUACUUUGUAUUUUUUACCUUUUGUUCCUGGUCAAAUCACAAACUUAGACAAGCUUGCCACUGAAUGCCACUGCUACUUGAUUUACUUACCUUUUCAAAUCCUAUAUGUCAUGUGAGGUAUACAGCUCAUCUUUAUUUAUUUGCUUUCUGGAAUGUAUUUCACAGGGGUCUUCCAGGUCAAGUUUCCUUGGAGAAGUUAAUAUCAACCUUGCAGACUUUGCAGAUGCACUAAGACCUUCAUCUGUUUGUUACCUCUUACUAAUUGUGAUUUUGGAACAAUUUUACACGUCACAGUCCAACUUCUUACUUCCAAAACUGGUUUCAGAGAAUUUGAGCAGCAAAGGGAACUGAGUGUAAGGGGGAUUCAGAUGAUAUCUAGCAAUAAAAAUAUUCCGGUUGAUACCGAAGCUGCAUCACCAGAGAUAGUUAAUGAAGUAGCAGAAAAGGCUAAUCUGAGAGUCAGAUUUAAACAAGAUAGAAUGAAGCUUCCUUCACUUGAACAAGUAGGAGAAUCAAAUGAAGAGUAUGAAGAUUCAGCCGGUGGGGUGGAUGGCUCAUCCUUCACAUCUGAAAGUUUAAAUGCUGAAAAGAAUGAACUUCAAGGCAUGCAUGAAAUAGAUAGCUUCAGUAUUAACUCUGCUGAUUUGCCCCUUAGCCAGAGGCCUUUGCCUGGAAAUGAGGAACCCAGUGUCAGUCAGCUCUCUGCACAGGGGAGGAACGAUUGGACACAUGGAUGGAGUUCGAAUUUUUCUGUUGAUAAUGAUCUAACUACAGCUUAUGGAGAGAACAACCGAUUCAGAGUGAGAUUGGAAGUCGCAGAGUCAGCAUUUUUACAGCUUAAGUUGGAAGCAAGGUCAUUACAGCGAAUUACAGAUGAAUUAGGUGCAGAAACUAAAAGCUUAUCCGAACAACUUUUACUUGAGCUAGCUUCAGGAGAACAAUUGAGUCGGGAAGUGUCCUUGUUAAAAUCAGAGAAUGCAAAGUUCAGAGAUGAACUGGAAGCCUUAAAAUCUUCCAAAGCUAUGCUCCAAAAACUUGACAGGAGAGCUUCUAGUCCUUUGUUGUCAAUCAAGAACCAGGAAGAUGAUUUAGUUGAUAGUAAGCUUCAGGAUGAUUUUACAGUUGCUGAAACUCACUUCAUGUACCAUGAUUUGCGGGUCCAAUGGCUUGAGAGUCUACUGCUAAUGGAGAGCAAUGUCCAGGAAAUCCGAAAUAAGGCUCGUUUAGGGUAUUGUGGAAGUGAUUUUGAUUUACUGGGUUCUGAUUUUGAGUUUCUAGGAUGUUUAAUCAGUGACCUUAAAAAAGAUAUUAUCCAAGUAAAGAGUUUUGAGAAAUCUUAUGGAGAUAACACAUAUCUUGGGGGUGCAGUUCAUUGCCUGAAUUCUCGUGUUGCAUAUCACCAGUACGACACACUUAAGAAAGAUAUUGAAGUGCCAAGUUUAAGAGGGGUUGAUAGGUUUGACCUUUUAACAAAACUAGAGCAUUCAACAAUGGAAAAAGAAAGUCUUACCAAAAAGUUAGAGCAGAUGCAAUGUUACUAUGAAUCACUAAUAUUGGAAUUGGAGGAAAACCAGAAGCAGACAGUUAAGGAACUGGAAAAUCUCAGAAAUGAACACUCCUCCUGUCUGUACUCAACAUCUCUUCUUCAAAACCAGAUUGAAAAAUUGAAUCAAGAGAUGAAUGAACAGUAUAUGGCUCUUUCUGAAGAUAGGAACAACUUAGAAUCUCAAAAUAGAGAAUUCGAGAGAAGGGCUAUUGCUUCAGAAACUGCACUAAAUAGGGUUCGCUGGAACUAUUCAAUAGCAGUUGAUCGCUUGCAAAAAGAUCUUCAAUUACUAUCUUUCCAAGUUUUGUCUAUGUAUGAGACAAAUGAAAACCUGGCAAAGCAAACUUUGCUUGAUGAUAAGCACUAUGAUGAUGAAUGGUCUGAUGAGCCCAUGACAUAUAAGGAUGGCAUUGUGACUACAAUCAAUCACGAAAACUACCAGUCGAGCAUUUCAGGAGUUCGGACAAACAAUGGACUUCAUGAAACCAGUCACAAAUAUUCUCCUCAUAGUGGGACAUCCACAUCUGUUUCCUGUAAAGACAGUGGAGUGCCCCACAUGCAGUUGCAAAGUAAGGAUGAUGCACAUGUAGAUGGAUUUGGUUUAUAUAAGAUUAGACAACAGGCUCCUAUUUUUACUCAGGUUGACAACAUCCCUACUGCUGAUCUUUCCACUGUGAAACAUAUAGAUGAAUUUUCUUCUAGAUCAUUACUGGAUGAUGCUGUGUUAAGCAGUCAAAGGAAUGGUUUAUAUGCUGAAGCAGACAGACAAAACAUGACUGAUGCAGAUGACAUACAGGAGUUGAGAAAAUCACUUCAGAGGUUGGAAGUACUUCAUUCUGAUACUGAAGCUGAAGCUUUGGAAAUGUAUUUUCUUAAUGUGAAUUUAAAGGUUUUCUCUGAUGUUUUACUUGGGGCAUUGCAUGAUGCAUACGAUGGCGUCCAGCAUAUGAAAGAAAAGGUGCUUGAACUUGCACAACAGCUACAGCAUGCUACAGAAGGUAAGGAGAAUUAUGUGCUUAAGCUGCAUAAAGCAGUUGAGGAUUCAAGAAUACUGAUGGAUGAUAAUGCCAAAUGCAUCUCUAGAUGCCAAGAUCUAACACUGAAGAACCAGAUUUUGGAAGCAAAACUCGAAGAUGUCUUAUGUGAAAGUACUUUUCAUAGUGAGAAAAUUGCAAAAUACGAGAAGAUGUUUGCGGAAUUUAAAGCUUAUGAAACAAUGUACAAUGCAUGCAUCGAAGAAAGGAACAAGUUCAAAAGUAUGUUGAACAAGGAAAGCCAACAGAAACAAUGUCUUCAGACUGAAAUGAGAUCAAUGAAUUCAGAUUUCAAAUUACUAAAGGAAGAAUUUGACAAGGCUGCUUCUGAAAAUGAUAAAAUGCAAACUUGUAUUGCUAAUAUUCAAGAGAAAUUAAGGCAUUUAUCUGCUUCGAUGAUUUCUUGCAAUGAGCAAAUAAAUUGUUUUGCUCUUGAUGGCAUCUCUGUAUCACAUCAAUUGGAAGCCGGAAAUUAUGUGCAAUUUAUUGCAAGUCUGGAACAGUUCCAGCAAGAAAUGACACAGAAGAUACUUCAGUUGCUUAAAGAGAAUAUGAAUAUAAUGGAAGAGAGAGAUAUUUCUCAGAGAUCUCAAAACAACACAGAACUAAAUUGUCUGAAUAUGAAGCAGAAGUUUGAAUCUGAUAUAAAUGCAGUAACUGAAAAGCUAGUAGUGUCCAAUGCUUUGGUUGAAAAGCUUCAAAAAGAACUACAAAAUGCUUCCGAGAAGCUUAAGAUCAGUUCAGAUACUGAAGAGAAAACCGAAUCUAUCAAUAGAGAACUGUCAUCAAAAUUGGCAACCUUAGAAAUGGAAUUGCAGCAGGCUGUUGAAGAGAACAAGGAUCUAGUUAACCAGCUAAUUCUACUAGCAAGUGUUAAGGAGGAUCUUGAAAAAACUCAGAUCAGUCUUACGUAUUGUAUGGAAGAGAAGAGGAGUUUGUUGAUGUCUAUACAGUCGAAGAAUGAGGCUUCCACCCAAAUGGAAAAUGAGAUUUACAGUUUGAAACAAAGUCUGCAACUCAUCCAGAGAGACAUGCAGACAGAGAAAAGAAUGAGAAAGGGACUUGAUGAUGCAGUUGCAAGCCUUUCAGCACAGUUGGAGGAAAAAGAAUGUCAGCUGUUAUCUUUAUAUGAAGGAAAAAUGGAAGUGGCACAGCUGCAGGAUAUGAUUUUGGAGUUAGAAAGAACAAGCAUUGGGUAUAAGGAUCAACUUAUGAAGAGUGAAGAAAGCCGAAGUAGUUUAGAGAGUGAGAACUCAUCCUUAAAAGUUGAAGUUGUGGAUGUGAGAAAUCAAUUGGCAGAACUUCUCGAGACUUCACUGGCCUCUGAAAUUGAAGUUACAAUUAUGCGAAGUCAUUUAUGUGACAGGAUGCAGGAUUCCUUUGUACAACUUAAGACAGUAGAAAGAAAGCUUGAGGAGAUGACUUUAAAAAAUGCAGAUCUUACUGCUUCACUUGACACACUUGCUGAGAAAGAAUCACUGUUAAUAGACAAAAAUGGAAAGUUAUCGAUAGUUCUUCAGUCAUUACAAUCUGAUUUUGAUAUUAUUUUCCGGGAGAAAGAGAGCCUUAUUGAUUACGUAAACAAAAAAAAUGCAGAACUUGAAGAGGUGCAGCUUAGAGCUGCAACAGUGGAAGCUGACAGUAAUUGCCAUAUGAAGAAAUAUGAAAGUGAGAUUUGUCAGCUGAAAAAUAUUAUGAUCUUUUGUGAAGAAGAAGUGUGCAACUUAAGGUCAUCUAGGGAUGCAUUAGAAAUUACAAAUGUGGUACUGAAAUCUAAACUAGAGGAACAACAUAGAAAAAUAUCAUUGCUUGAGGACUGUGAGUCUCAGUUGAGAGCCUUACAAGAGCACAACGAGGAGUUUAGUUGUAGACUCUCAGAACAGGUAUUGAAGACAGAAGAAUAUAAGAACCUGUCCAACCUUCUAAGGGAACAAAGAGAUAAAGCAGAGGCAGAGUGUCUUCAGGCUCGAGAAAAGAAGGAGAAUGAGAGAUCAUCACAGGAGUCACUGAGAAUUGCUUUUAUUAAAGAACAGUAUGAGUCCAAGAUCCAGGAGCUAAAAAAUCAGUCGUUUGUCUCCAAGAAGUAUGCAGAAGAAAUGCUAUUGAAAUUGCAAAAUGCUCUUGAUGAAGUUGAGAGCAGAAAGAAAACUGAGGUUUCUCUAGUGAAAAAAUUUGAAGACUUGUCAGAGAAAAUAUCUAAUUUGGAGUGUGAGCUAGUUACAGUUCUGACCGAGAGAAAAGAAUUAGCCAAAGCUCAUGAUAGGAUAACCAAUGAACUGGAGUGCACUGUUCUGAACCUCGAGUGUUGCAGGGAAAAAAGCCUAAAGCUUGAAAACUCCCUGAAGAAAAGCAAUGCUGAGAAGCUAAAGCUUGAAGAUUCCUUAAAGGAGUGUAAUGAAGAAAAAAAUAAUGUGAGAGUUGAGCUUGACCUGGUUAAGAGGUUGUUUGAGAAUUUGGCCUUAGAUGGAUCUGUUAACCAUGAAGGCAAUAGUGACUCUGAUUUCCCUUCCAUAACGUCAAUUGAGCAAAUUUUGCAAGAUGACAGCUUUGAAUUGUCAGCAGUCUUCGAAGAAUUGCCAAAUUACAAAGAUACUAAUUUGGGAAUAGAUGCUUCAACUGUGGAUUUCACAAAUUCUCCUAAGAAUACAGAUGUUGGAGUUGUGCUGCCAACUAUUGCUGAUGAGAAAUCAUGCUCUUAUUCCCCUCCAAACUCAACAGCUUUUAAGGACACUGAAAGUGCACUUGGCCAACAAUCCAAAUUCACGGAUAAUAUAACAGAUAUAACUGACAUUGAGGAGCACUUCAAAGAGCAGCAGAAGUUGAUGUCUGGCAUAGGCAUGCUACAGAAGGAGUUGGAGAAGCUAAGAAAUGAGAAUUUAUCAUCACUAAUUCCUUUAGAAGAACAAUUUCUAUCAUCCCAUCAGAUUUUAGAGAGAGAUUUAUCACAACUUGACCUGGCAAAUGAGCAACUGGGAAGCAUAUUUCCUUUAUUCAAGGAACUUCCUGAAAGUGGCAAUGCAUUGGAAAGAGUACUUGCUUUGGAACUUGAGCUUGCAGAAGCAUUGCAGUCAAAAAAGAUAUCAGAUUUCCACGUACAAAGCUCAUUCCUGAAACAACACGACAACGAGGCAUUAGUCUUCCAGAGCUUCAGGCACAUCAAUGAACUGAUAAAAGAGAUGCUGGAGUUGAAGACUCGAUAUACUGCCGUCGAAACUGAGCUCAAAGAGAUGCAAGGUCGAUACUCUCAACUCAGUCUGCAGUUUGCGGAGGUAGAGGGCGAGAGGCAAAAACUAGUAAUGACCCUCAAAGCUCGAGCACCUACAAGAUCAUAGCCCACAGGCCAAACUUGAUCCUCGAAUGCUACUUCCAUUUUCAAUCUUGGAAGCUAUGUUCAUUUCUGCUACUUCGGACAUAUGGUAAAUAUGGUAGACGGAGAACAAGUGGCGAGGAAGGAUCUUUACAUGAGAUUUGGAGAUGCAUGAGCAGAAUUUAGCAUUUGAAAGAGAUCAUAUAUCAUGGUAAAGUAAAUAGACUUUGUUUGUCUCAGCCUUUGCGAGAUGAGCUUAGUAGCAUAAUAAUAUGUUAAUUGUCUACUAAAUGUAAUUUAUCAAGGCUAAGAGCACAAUCUUUCACAAAUCUUCAAAGUAAUAUAUAUCUUGAGAUCGUUUUUUUUCCUCGUUUAA